AUGAGCGAAGCCAAACGAAAGAUCCUCGGCCUUUUCAGAAGUCGUAGUACUUCAGGCCUGCCUUCGGAGUCGAGAAACGACAAAGAACGAGACCGCGUUAAGGAUAGGGAUAGAGAAAGAGACAAGGACCGUAACGAACAUCGUCACCGCCGCGAGCGCGACCCCAAUCGACAUACGCAUUCCCACCAUCAUCACGAUCACGAUCACGACCGCUCCCACAGCUCCCAGAGUCGACGUGCGAAAUCAGAACAUGGCAGCAGCCAUCGACGGGCAUCUGGCCCACCACCCCCGACCUCAAGCUCUCUCCGCGCGAGUCCUAUUCCUGCUCCCCAACCAUUGAGCGAAUGGCCGCCUCCAGGAUUCACACGCCACGAUGCGUUGUCGCAAGGCAAAGCUAUGGAGCUUAUUGCCUCGGGUGUACCUGUCUUCAAAGGUGUGAGGCAUUCAAUACCACAUGCUGCGGAAGAAUACUAUAAUCUCUACGUGACGUGCCAGGGGAAUGGUGGGGUGGGCAGUGAUGUCGGACAGGUGUACACGGAUGCUUUUGCUGCGAACUCAUUGAGACUUCAGGGCUUGGAAAAGGCUACGAGUCCUUGGGAAACGUUGGAACAGCCGAGUAUGGCUUUCUGUAAUGGCGUCAGACCAGGAACAAUUACCCUGAAUCAUUGGGCUAGUCUUUCUGGGAAGAUGAACCCGCCGAUCGAACUUCGCGAUCCUGGAGUUGUACCUCGAGAAGUUGAACUUUCUGUAAUUCUUGAACGGCUCAUCUAUCUCGAAGGAGGAUUCGAAGAAGAUUAUGAGGGGCUGAUGUACAAGAAUUUAUAUUCGAACCUCCUCCGCGAUCCAGACCGGAUCCUAGCACCUCACAAAGCCAUGGAAAAGCAGAUCUCAGACCUGAUAGUCGUGCUGUCAAGAAGGGAUUGGAUCGAUUUCAGCAGGCCAGAGAACCAAGUAGUGGCAAAGUUCUUUGCCAAUGCUACGUACACGGAACAAGGACGGUAUAAGCUGUUCUUUCAUCAAUUGCUGCUGAGCAUGGAGUUGUAUUUACGCAUCCAUUCGAAACAACACGCCGAGUUUGCAAAGGAGAAAUUGUUGAGCCAGUUGCCUCCCUGUAUUAGGUGGGAUUUGGCGCUGGUGAGGAGGUGGAGAGAGUGUAUGAGCAUUCAUAAGUUUUCGACGGGAGAGAAUCCCCAACAGAUUCGAUUUCAGCUUCGCAUGAAGAAAGUACAGGUUAAAGCGCUGCGGAAGUUUGCCAGAGCGAUGAAAUGGCCGAAUCUCGCCAAAGUAGAUGAAGUGCUCAAAGAACGGGAUGUGGACGACGUUGCUCUCGAAGAUAGAUCCUCGGAUGCUAUGUCAUACUUUACUGGAAUGAUUCUGCCUGGAUGUACCAUGCCAUGGCUUAUCAUGAACUCACUGAUCGAUUGUGACAGCGACGCAGGUGGUAAUGCUUUAGCAGCACUUACCCACAUGCAUCCACACAGCGGGUUUCAGUACCGGAGCCAUACAUACUGGUCAGCGACAUCAAUUGUUGGCAAAGUGUUAGCUCCCACUUGCCGAGAGAUAGGGGGCUGGAUCGGGCCAGCAAGGCCAGCACCGGAUCUUGCUAGAAUACAGAUAGCCAGGAUUCGGCAGCGCAGACCGAAACAACGUCUCACUAUUAGCGACAUUGAGAGCAUGACCGAGCGGUCUGACUGUCUCGGUCCUCCGUCCGAGAAAUACCCUGUCUCUGAGUACCAACUGCUCCUUCCCGACCACGACCCGUAUUCGAUUGUGAACACCAUUCGGAUCGAAAAACUCGCUCUGAAACCAAUCAACACAACACCUACGCCCUCAUCACCCCAACACUCUCGAUCAUUAUCCAAAGAUACCACUAAAGAUUCUGGAAAGCCAUUAACAUACGACGCGGCCGUCCAAUUCGCCAUCGAUGGUAAAUCAUGGCCCCUCCGCCUCUCUUACGACGUCUCCUUCAUCUCCGCAUACCCAUGUUCCCAUGGGCCACAUCCUCUCUUCUUCGAUUACGUCUAUCAAGCCAUAAAAAUUGACGAACUACUCGCAAUUAGAGACUGGGGCUGUUUGAAUAUGAACAUUAAUCCUGGCAGUAGUGGUAGCAGCCCAUCACGGGCAGGAGAAUUAGGAGACAAGAAAGCAGGCGAGGAAGAAGAUGAAGAGAAAGUCCUUGUGGUGGAAGCGUUUGGUGUUAAGGAUAAUGAGGUUCUAGCGAGGGCGUGGUGUAGUCAUUGGGGGCUGAGUGCUGUUGUUGCGGAUGUGGAGAGGACUUGCAUGGCAUGCGCUAUCCGUGAAGCGUACGCGGCUUGCCUUAACGUUGUUAUUCUUGUUGAUGGAGAGAGCUACGAGAGUGAUUCUUGA